CUAGCUACUUUGAUCCCCGGCUUUGACCGAGAUGGUUGCAAAGACACGCCCUGUCCCGUCAAAAAGGGUGAUAAGAAGAAGUUCUCGUAUAAGCUAACCAUUCCCGGCGCCACCCCUACCAUCGAGGCUGACGUUAAGGCCAGACUCAUCGGCGAUAAGGGAGACCUGUUCUGCGGGACAGUUCACGGAGACAUCAAGGAUUAG